UGUUGAAUGUUGAUAUGAGAUGUUUAUAUUUGGUCCUUUAUCGAAUGGGUAGCCAAUGAAGGUCAGACGAGAUUUGAAAUACAAAUUUACACAUUUUAACUCAUGUUUCUUUUGAUUGUUUUGCUAGGAGCUGUAUCACCAGUCAUACAAUCUGAUUGCAGUGAUGUUUGCCUCCAUACCAAACUUCAAGGAGUUUUACACCGAGACUGAUGUCAAUAAUGAGGGUCUAGAGUGUCUGAGACUACUCAAUGAAAUCAUUGCAGACUUUGAUGAGCUCCUAUCAAAGCCUAAAUAUAGCUGUGUUGAGAAAAUCAAGACCAUUGGUAGUACAUAUAUGUCUGCAGCUGGUCUGAAACAACCGGAAUCAGGAGUCAGUACCAAACAGUCUCUGUACUAUGUAGGAGUCCUUACUGAGUUUGCUAUGGCUCUACAGGAUAAACUAGAACAACUAAACAAACAGGCUUUUAAUGACUUCAAACUAAGGAUAGGUAUUAACCAUGGUCCUGUUGUGGCUGGUGUGAUUGGAGCUAGAAAACCCCAGUAUGAUAUCUGGGGAAAUACUGUCAAUGUGGCGAGUAGAAUGGAUACCACUGGAAUGAUUGGUGAAAUACAGGUUACUGAGGAAACAGCCAAUGUACUAUCAGAGCUUGGGUAUACCUGUGAGACUCGAGGCAUCAUUGCUGUCAAAGGUAAAGGAAAACUGAAGACGUACAUAGUACGAAGGAUGAGUCGCUCCAUUUCACAGUCGACCAAUCUAAGCUCUGCCGUCUCAUGAUGAUGGGUCCUGUUGCAUAGCAACAUGUACUGUCUUUGGUAACUUUUUCACUUAUUGAACACUUCUUUAUUUUGAGGACUUCUGAUAGUUGCUUAGCAACUGAACCUUUUGCCUGAUGGGAAAUUUGAUGCCAAUGUAGAACAGCGAAGUCAACAUUCAGCUUAUGAAUUUGAUACUCUAAAUGAUGGCAGGAGUGGAAUACCUAGUAACCGCAAUUACAAAUAACUGCCACUGGUGGCAGCAGUAAGAUAACUAUUUGCAGCAAUCAAGACAAUUAGCUGAAUUUAAGGAUGUUCCAAAUUUGUGUUUGUCCACAUCAUGAUUAGCGCAUACUUACACACUCUGCGCAUUGACGUCACAAUGGAUGAACAGGUGUUUAAUCAGCUGUAGAUAUCAGCUGAAUUUCCCUGUUAUCUGUAGACCCGAUUUGUUGUUUUAUGAACCUAAUUCGUGGGAAAUAUUCCAUGGUCCUUAUAUUUUAAAAACCUCUACAAUUACAGAAUACUUUACUCUGCAGUGCUGCAAAGUAUGACAAUAUGACCUCGAGUUUGAUUAAUGGUAGAGUGGUUUGGAAUUUUUCUUUAAAUAGAUACAAAGCAUUUGGCACAUUUUUGUGUUUUAAGAAGCAUAUUUUCUCUAACAAAAGUACGGAUAGGAUGAAAACAAGCACAUGAGCCCCCAUCUUUAAUGUUUACACUUCUUUAGUAUACCUUCCUCUACAGCAUUGCAAAUUUUGGUGAAAAUAACAUGGAAUUUGAAUAAAGUGCAGCAUUAUUUUACUUCUCAUAUUUAUCAUAGAAAUUUCUAACUUUUGGCUGUUCUGUGGGGGGGGGUUGAUUCAACCCUUCCCCCCCUGAGAUCUUGGCUGCUGAUUGCGUGGGCGCAGCAAAAACUUGCACGCUGGUAGUGUACGAUGUAAUCUACAAAGCUGUAUGGUAAAAUUUUUCAAAAUAUUUAUUCUAUAUG